CGCUUCCAUACUGGUUCGUGCUCGAGACCGUACCACAAGAGCCCAGGACGAAGACACAGCUAAAGCACACCAACAGGCCAGAUCCUGAACAUGGUUGGGUCAGCUAAUUCACGAAAGCGAGUCUAUAUCUCCUGCCGUGCCAUCUUCAGCGGUAAUAAUGCGCAAGUACGAAAGCAAAAGAAGGUGAAGGAGCUCGUGGAAAAGAGCAGGAAAUCCCUGAAAACGCUGUUGCAAGAUCUCGGACACGAUACAGUGAUUGCCAUACUUCGAUCCCUACUGGAAGGGAAGAUUUUUGAGUCGGAAAUUCGCGCUAAAAUCGAGUUUCCAGAACUCUUCCGUUCAUCAACCAUUCGCGACGUCCAACGCCAAGCUUCUGAGGCCGACGCCGCCAAUUCUACUGCAGAAGCCUUGGAUGAGAUUACAUCACAGGAUGGUGAACAGCUUGAUCGAGAAGAGGAUGGUGUAGAACCUGAAGAGUCAGAAGAUGGUGUACCCACCAUUGCUCCUGUGCUAUACACCAUGCAGGAGCCACAAGGGAAGCUUCCAAGCCUUUAUCCAUCGUACCUACCAUAUCAGACCCAGCACCUUAUUCUUAACACUGCUCAGCAGAUCCUCGAAGAAUGCUGUUUCAACUUUGCCUCUAUUUCGAUGCCUUCUGUCCUCCAGCAGAAGAGGUGGGAUUGUUCAACUGCAGGAGAGCUGACGCAAUGGACGAAACUUUUUCGCAAAGGCAAGGGUCGACCCUAUACAGCCGCCCUAGACUUCAAAGACAAGGAAUUGCUCAAAGAAGUGUCAAACCUGCGGCACACCGCUGUCCAUCGGCUUCCGACUACAGCCAGGGGUGUCAGCCAACUCCUGAAGUCAGCUACGGUGUUUGCGCAAUAUCUACAAGACGGCUUGCGUGCCGCACAGCUCGAGGAGCUGCAAUCCGAUGUGGACAGUAAGAUCAAGGCGAUGGAGCUAAAUAAGAAUGUUCUAGAGGACACGGCAUCAUCCAAGUUGCAGGAUAUACAGCGGCAACGUGAGGAACUUGAUAGGAUGGAAGCAAAAUUGAUAGAAGAGAUCUUGCAAGAGGAUUUGGAUAACAAAGCUUUGAUUGGACAGCUGCUUGAGGACUCGGUCCGUGGAAUAUUCAGGCUCCAAAGGGAUGCGACUAAUAAGGACUGCCGAGAAGACUACGAGGGAAAGGAGGAGAACGAAGAAAAUGAAGGAGACGAAGAAAAUGAAGAGGAUAAGGACCGUGAUGAGGAAAAGGGCAAAGGGGAGGACGAGGUAAAGGAAGAGGACGAGGUAGAGGGGGGUAAAGACAGUGAAGAGACGCAAGGCGAAGAAAGGAAAGUCGAGGUGUCACAUUUUGGGGUCAUUUCCUAGAUAACACGACUUUCCUCUCCUUCUCAGACCACAUAGCCGGUCCUGUGACCACGAUCCCGGUCCCCGGGACCCACAGGGCCCCGGCCCCUGUGCGGCGGCGACGGACUGCCGCCUCCGGCAGCAGCCGUCUUCAUCAUGUAUAAAAGACGGGCUCUAGGCCCGUCCCUUAGCUAGAAAUCAAGAGCUUUCAUCAUCA